AUGUGGUGUUCAAAUGAUUAUUAAUGGGAUAUUAUUUUAUUUUUAAAAUUUAAAUUGAUAAUGAAAAAAAUCAAUUUUUCUUUUAUUAUAUUCUAUAAAAAAGUAGGAAAAUAAAAAAAUAAUGAUUAUUUAGGGAUGGGACAACAUCCUAAAGUUAUCAAAGCUAUGGUCCAAGCUUUAAAACUUUAUGGAGCAGGCUCAGGUGGAACUAGAAAUAUAGGAGGAAAUACAAAUUUGCAUGUACAGCUUGAAAAUGAGCUUGCAGAUUUACAUAAUAAAGAGGCUGCUCUAGUAUGCACAUCUGGCUACGUUGCAAACGAAGCAGGUUUGAGCACUCUUCCAUCCCUUUUCCCUCAAGGUGCCAUUUAUUUUUCUGAUGAAGAAAAUCAUGCAUCUAUGAUUUAUGGCAUGAGAUACUCAAAAUUAGGUAAAAAAGAUAUCAGAGUAUUUAAACAUAAUGACAUUAAGCAUUUGGAAAGCUUGCUAGAAGCUUCAAACAAUGAUAUAGAAGACAAAGAUAAAGUAAAAAUUAUAGUUUUCGAAAGCGUUUAUUCUAUGAGUGGAACUAUUUCACCAGUAGAAACCAUUAAAGAUAUCGCCAAAAGAUAUGGAGCACUUACAUAUAUAGAUGAAGUUCAUGCUGUAGGACUAUAUGGAAAAAGAGGAGGAGGUGUUACACAAGAGCGAGGGAUUGAUAUUGAUAUUAUUUCAGGAACUCUAGGAAAAGCUUUUGGCACUCAUGGCGGCUAUCUUGCAGGUUCUUCAUUAAUUAUAGACUGCAUAAGAAGCUACUCACCAUCAUUUAUUUUUACAACUUCACUGCCACCUGUAACUGUGGCAGGAAGCAUCGCCUCAAUCCAACACGUUAAAGAGUCAGAAAAAGAAAGAAAAUUACUUCAUGAACAUUCAAAGUUUAUGAAAAAGAGGCUGCAAGAAGAAAACUUGCCAGUACUACCAUCAGCAAGCCAUAUUGUGCCAUUAUUUAUAGGGAACCCAAAUGUGUGUAAAGAAGUCAGUGAUGUUUUCUUCAAGGAAUAUCAAAUUUAUGUCCAGCCGAUUAAUUAUCCAACUGUCCCAAGAGAACAAGAGCUUUUAAGGCUUUCUCCAGGGCCACUUCAUACUCAUGAUAAAAUUGAGAAUUUUGUGGCAGCUGCCAAGAAGAUUUGGACAAGAUUUUCUCUUGUUAAUUACGAAGAGCUCCAAGAGAGACUUAAAGUUAGGAUUCAUCAAUAA